AUGGGAGCGAGAGCAGCGGAGUUCAUUGAGGUGCUCAUGCCUCUGCAGAGUGACAGCAGUGACCCACUUCAGCCUCCCUUCUCUUACCCUUUCUCCCCCAUCACACCCUCCCUCACCCCUCCUCAGCCUCUCGGUCUGGAGACGGGCACAAGAAGCUCUCUGUCAUGGGAAACCGGUCGUCCCCAUAAAACGCAUUCAGACUGA